UUUAAAUUUAUUAUUGCUUACUUUGACUUAGCCUUAAGGAGAAAUUGCUGUUUACACAAAAAUGUUUUAUUCAGAGCAGGAUGUUGAUCAAGUUUAUCAGAAUAUUGAUAAGAGUGUAAACACACCCAACAUAGCUAUGAAAUAUUGAGUCUUAAGAUCGGGUUAACCCUGUAAGCUAAGAGCUGACAUUCAAGCAUGAUUAGUACAUGCUGGUACACAGCAUGAGUCACAGUGUGAGCUGCUAUCCAUCAUUCCAGCUGGUAAAAUAGAUCCAUCACAUAUUUCAUCUGCACACUGGUGCUCUAAUAAAUUUAAAAGCCCGCCCCCCACCCCCUCCUGAUGUAGGACGCUUCAGUCAUGUUUACAUCACCGCAACUGGAGCUGAUACCAGCAAUUUGACCUGACUCAACACUGAUUUUAUAUUUUCAGAUGAUAGGAACCCCCCCGAUUAACAUUUUAGUUUUACCACUACAACGUCUGCCAAUAAUACAACUUUUUGGAUCUAAUCUCAAAAGAAAUUGAAUUAUGGAGGCUUCUUGUUGUUGGUCUUCUUCGUCACGUGGUCUCCAUCACAAAAUCAAUGCCAUAUUCAUAACUGUUAAAAGUCUUGCAUAACAGACCUCGAGUGGCAUUGAUUGAAGACUAAAUAUGGCGCUUAGUUGCAUACAUGUGGGAUCACACUGAACACAGCUGCAGUAGAUGUACACGUAAACAUCAUAAGACAGAACAUGACCAACAAAAAACCUGAUUUCACGCUGUAUCAGAUGCUGGUGUUGAAAAUGCUGCAAUGCCUUGGCUGCUGUUCCUUCUCUCCAAGUCUGACAAUUAGUGAUAAUGGACCCCAUCGGCCGAGAGGAGACCACUCCCUCCCUCUCUGCUCCCUCCCUACCUCCCCCACUCUCUCUCUUUCUGUCUGUUUUUCUAUCACUCAGUGAGUAAUAAUGGAGCCCAGCAGUCCGAAGAAGAUCCAGUUCGCUGUGCCUCCGCUGCAGGGACAGCUUGACCCUCAGGCCGCCGAACAUAUCCGACGCAGAAGGCCGACUCCUGCCACCCUGCAGAUCUACAGACAACCUGGCACAGAUGUUGGAGAUCAACACAAUGCCAGCGGAGAGUCACAGGCUUCAGACGCCUCUCAGAGGAAGCAGAGCACUUACGCCCCUCCCACCAUGAAAGGUAAAUUGGAAAGUACUGUAACCGAGGAAGACGAGAAUGAGGAAACCAACCUUCAGGGUGACUGAUCCAGCAGAGGGACGAGCACAGAAGAAGCAGCCUUUUUUCUUUUUUUUUUUACAUAUCUGGACAAAAACUAAUGGACCCUCCCAACCAUCCAGUAGCAACUACAUGUUAUGUCCGAACCUUUAUCAGAGGGACAGAGGGAGAGUUGAACUCUGUGUGGGUUUAAUAAUAAAAUUGUUUUACUCUGAA